GUGGAAGAAGAAUAAAAUUGCAUUUCUAUAAUGACUGAAACUCUCUCUGAAUUUAAAUUCCUAAUUUUGCGUGUUACAUUUAUUAUCGCCAUUUUAGACAUCAGUUCUAUUAAUUCAACUCCUGAUCCGAGAUCCUCUCUCCUUGUAUAACACUUUUUCAGAGAAGGUUUCGAGGGAGAAAAAAGGGGAAAAAGAAACAAAAAAUCAGUUCGUCCGAAGCAAAAAAUACUGAAUCGGACGACACUUGCCUAGUUUUAUGACUCUGGAGCUUGUUUUCGAUUGUUGAAGAAAAAGAAAUUUGAAGAAAGUUUGAAAAUCGAAGCAGCGGUUUUGUUGGUAAUCUUCACUGCCUCCCGUGGUUCAGACCUAAGAUUGGUCAAUAUCAGAAUAGAUUUUGGGGGGAAAAUCUGUUUUCACUUUGGUUUAGGAGUUGAAAAUUCAGUUAAGAGUGUGUCCAUGGUUGAUAUUUCGGUUUAGGAUCUUAAAUCAAGCCAUGACUUUGGCUUCUCCGGGCCCGGGGGCAUCUCCUGCGGCUCUUUAUCCGCGGACUCUUUCCUCCAUUGCAAUUUUAGUGGGAGGUUUGGCCAUGUUUUUGAUGUUUGCUUCUUGGGUUCUAGUGUCUUACCGAGUUAGUUCUACGGUUCAUGUUUAUUUUUAUGGUUUUGAGAAAAAAGUAGACGUUUCCCAAUCUCAUAGUAAUGAAACAAACAUUAAAGACUUUGUAGAUGUCAUUGGUAGGAACUGGUCGUCGGGGCUUAAUUUAGAAGUUAGGGGUGCGAUUGAUCAGAAUGUUUCAGCACGUAAGUCUAGUGGGCUAGUUUCCAACAGUUCAAAUGGUUCACAGAUUGAUUCGACGGCUAGUCCACCAAGAGGAGAGGGAAAAGAUGGUUCUGUAGCCGCCAAUGUUAAGGAGGAUGUUGAAAACAAGAAAGUGGAUUCUGCGGGCUCACCAGAUAAAUCAGAUGGUGGAGAUGCAGGAUCUGGUGAUGCUAAUAAAACUGGAGAAUCCAAAGCAAUGGCUACUGCACCAACUGUGGGGAGCAAUCCAACUAAGACUGGUUCACUUGUUUCAGGUUGUGAUCUGUACCAAGGCAGUUGGGUUUCUGAUUCAUCUGGACCAUUGUACACCAACAACACAUGCCCUGUCCUGACACAGAUGCAGAACUGCCAAGGAAAUGGGAGACCUGACAAGGAUUAUGAGAAUUGGCAGUGGAAACCUUCUCAAUGCGAUCUCCCCCGAUUUGAUGCAAAGAAAUUUCUGGAGUUGAUGAGGGGGAAGACACUAGCUUUCGUUGGAGAUUCUGUUGCUCGAAACCAGAUGGAAUCAAUGUUGUGCCUUCUCUGGCAGGUUGAAGCUCCAAAAAAUCGAGGGAAUCGCAAAAUGCAACGAUGGUACUUCAAGUCAACAUCUGUAACGAUUGUCCGAAUAUGGUCCUCCUGGCUUGUACAUAAAACUACUGAACCAUUUGCUUCUGCUCCUGCUGGUGUUGACAAGCUCCACCUUGAUAGUCCAGAUGAAUACUUCAUGGAUUAUAUUCCAGAUUUUGAUGUGAUUGUUCUUUCUUCAGGCCACUGGUUUGCCAAGCAGUCGGUCUAUAUCUUGAAUAAUGAGAUUGUGGGAGGACAGUUAUGGUGGCCAAAUGCUUCUCAGCCAAUGCAGGUUAACAACGUUGAAGCAUUUGGGAUAUCUGUUGAGACGGCUGUCACUGCCAUUGUGACACAUCCGAACUUCACAGGACUUACCAUUGUGCGAUCCUAUUCACCUGAUCAUUACGAGGGUGGUGCCUGGAAUACAGGUGGCUCGUGCACAGGAAAGGAAAAACCUCUUGCACCUGGUGAGUUGGUGAAAAAUGGAUUCACAGACAUAAUGCAUCAGAAACAGGUAACAGGUUUCAACAAUGGGCUUAAGAAGGCAACAAACAAAUCAAAGUUGGUGUUCAUGGAUAUCACAGAAGCCUUCGGGUACCGUCAUGACGGGCAUCCGGGCCCCUAUCGAAGUCUUGACCCAAACAAAAUCACAAAACGAGGCCCGGAUGGAAGGCCUCCACCGCAGGAUUGCUUACACUGGUGCAUGCCAGGUCCAGUCGACACCUGGAAUGAACUUGUGCUUGAAAUCAUAAGGAGAGAAUUUGAAGGCAACGAAAGCUCAAUAUCUAACAAUUAACAAGUUUCUUUUGCAAUGUGGUCAGCCAUCUGCAUUCUUGGGCUUCUGUAAUCAAAGGUUAAACUUCUAGUAGUGUCUAAAUUAUGUUGCACUAGGUUUUUUUUUUUUUUUUUAAUAUUUUGUUUCCAUAUUUAUUUUAUAGGAAAAAAUGUUGUAGAAUAAUUCUCCAUUGUUACAGAUCUGGAGGUCAGCAGCAAGUAGCUGUAUUUUUAGACAGGCUUUCGGAAUCAACUAAAAUCUAUAAUUGAGAGUUGAGAUAUGUAAACUUACUUUAGGUUAUACUAAAUUGAGUUGAAUGGCA